UUAUAAAAUGAAGUUUCUUUCAAAAGGCCGAAAUUGUUUUCUGAUCGGCUAUAGUUUCUUCCGCGGGAGUAAUGCAAUAUAUUAGCGUGUGUCGUGCUAGAAACAGUUAGUGCCAAGUAUACUGACAUGACAGGACCUUAAAAUCAGCUAAUUCUUUAAAUAAAAAUUCACAUUGAUCCUCAUAGGCAGAAAACGGAAGUCCAAAGCUACCAUGGCAACAGGCAUCAACAAAACGUUCUCCGCCGUGUCAUAUGACUCACAAUAUUCAGUCCAAUGGAUACCGUGCAGAAAUAAACAAUAUUUCUCGCCAACUUUUUUUUUGUUUUUCUUUGACAGUUUGUUUUUUCGUUUUUGAGAAGUGAAAUGGUCCAGGUGGACAUCAACAACGUGCUCGCCGUCAGCCCGGAGGAGCUGAGCUCCCAGGAAAAAGACGACCUUUACGAGAGCAUAGUCUGGCUGGAUUUGGAGCCGGAUCUACCACAGGAUAAACUAAACAGAUUGUUUCUGAUAACUAAGGAAGUUCUCAAGUACAAAGGAGAACAGGUGGAGUCUUUGCUUGCAGAUUUAGAUGUACUGGCAUCUAACACUGGCAUUGGAGUUGAUGACAUGAGAGAUGAGUUGGUCAAAGCGAGUAAACAGACUGAGCAACUUGUUGAGGAGAUCCAGCUUAAAGAGAAGGAUCUUCUCAAGGAGAAAGCGCAAGUCGAAAAACUCAUGGCUGACGUUGCAGAGUUGCAGAAAGAAAAAAAUGAACUCAGAAGGGAAAUAAUUCUUAUACAGAAUGAAGCUCAGACAGGGCUUUCUUCAAGUCUCAAUGAUGAUAACACUGAAGACAUUGCUCAAAUCAAAGAAACCGUGCAAUAUAAGAACAAACACAUUCUUCAACUCUUGAGCGAUACUGAGGUGUUGGAGAAAGAAAAUGAAAUGCUGACUACAAAGUUGAAUGCCAUAAGACGUGAAUUGGGAGAAGCGACUACAAAUUUAACAAAACUCUCAGGAGAAAAUAUUUCUCUCAGAUCUUCAAAUUAUGAAUUGCAAGAAAAAGUUACAUUGCUUGAAGAAAGAAAUCAAGGUCUGAGCUCACAAGUGUCUGAACUUGUAAGUGAAAAAAAUAGAAGGGAUUUGCAUUUAGACCAGUUAAUCGACGCUUUAGAAGAACGGGUAGCAAAAUGGCAGGAUGUAUUUUGGUAUAAAGAAAAUGAGAUUGCAGAGUUGAAAGAAAAACUAAAUGAAAUGGUGCAAUCUUCUGAGCCUAAAACAUCCACACAGUUUGCAACAAACUACACAAUAUUGGCUAAAACAAUUGAGCAACAAGAAGAGCUGAUUGAGCAUCUUAAAGGCCAGUUGAAACAAGCAGGUGAAGAUCUUAGCAGAAGUACAAAUGAAAUGCUUCAACUGAAAAAGAACACUGAAGGAGAAGUGGAAGAGGAAGAGAGGAAAACAGUUGAACAUUUGACAGAAGAGUUGCACAAAGCGAAUUCUCAACUUCUUUUUCUUCAGGAAAAAGUGAAAGAUGCUGAACAGGAUGCCCAAUUCAGAGCUGAAGAGAUGACAGAGUUAAUAAUUCAAUUGAGAGAAUAUGAAGAAGGAGUCUAUGGACUAGCAGAAGCGAGAACUGAAGUGAAGGAAUUGAAGAAACAAGUAGCUGUGAGGGACAAGCAGAUACUUACUUUGGUCCAACAACUCAACAACAGUGAUUUAAACCUUGCAGAAAGGGAAAGUGAAUCUUCCCUGAUAGAACUUGAUGAAAAAACAAGCAACGCUGAGUUGAGAAUCCAGCUAAAUCAGAUUCAACAGACUGCUAUUAAUUUAAGUGUUCAGAAUUUUGAUCUGAAAGCUCAAGUGUUAAGACUGAAUGAAGAACUGAAUGCUAAAAAGACUGAAGAAAAAGUAGAAAUCGCACCUAAAAAAGAAGAGACAAAAGAUAGUGUUGUUCAAAGCGAUAAUGGAUAUAUCCAAGAGAUAGAAGAGAAGUAUAAAGCUCUAAUUGGAGAAAAUGAAUCUCUUCGAAAGGGACUUCAUGAAAUCAUGGAAAGCAUCAAGUUUCAAGAUGGUCAAAGCAAAGUGUCAAUAGAAUCAGAGUGCUUGGAAAAGUUGCUCGAUGCUCUUGAUUCGAGGCAUGUCAGUGGAUGGUACCAUCCAGCAAUGAGAUUGCAGGUCGCUUUGAACAAACUUCAGGGAAAUAACGAUGCCCUUAGGCAGCAGUUGAGAGAGACUAGGUUCAGAGAAUGUUAUUUCCAAGCAGAAUUGCAAGCUGCUUUUCUUAAGAUUGGUGAACUUGAGGGAAGGAUGUCUCAAGCGGAUGUCAACGGCUUGCCACCAGUUCCUGCCCCAAGGACAGUCAUGGCAAAUACUGAAGAAGAACAAGUAGAAACACCUGAAAAGGAAGAAAAAACAGAAAUUGAGGAAAAUGACAUUGAAGAUGAGCCUAACAAAGAACAAGAAGAAAUCACAAGUGAAAUAAUUCAACCAGUAAAACCAAUUUAUGUUGAAAGUAGCACACAGACUGAAACUUCUCCUCCACUCAGUAAAAAAGAUUCUGAAGAAAUUAAUGAACAAAUCUCAGCCAAAUCAAGUAGAAAAUCAAGUGUGACUGAAACAAUAAUAGAGGCUGCAGAAAUUAUUCCGCAUAGCGAAAAGAAGCCAGUUUUGUCACGGCAGUCCAGCGUAAAGAGUUUGAGUGAAAACGGCCAGAAGAAUGGUAUUGAAAAAUCUCUUGAAAGAAAAAAAUCAUCUGAAGUGGUGCUUGUAAAAGAUUUUGAUCAAGAAAAACACAAGGAAAUGCUUGAUGCAGUGAUUGAGCAAAUGAGGUCUAAGACAGAAAAUGUUUUAGAAGAACUGAAUGAAAGCAAAAAUCAGAUUUUUGGCGAUGUUAAAAGCAUCAUAGAUAAAGUGAAUGAACAUUUUGAAGCUUUGAAAAAAGAACCGAUACCGAUUGCACCUGUUGAAAUGAAAGAAAUUAAAGAACACGAAGAAAAGAUUACACAUUACGGAAUGGAACUUGAAAAACUUAAAGAAGGAAUGGAAGAGAAGGAGAAAACUGUGACAUCUCUGCAAGCUGAGAUUGAUGACUUGAAGAAAAAAUUGGAAGAAUCAAAAAAAGCUGUUAAAGCGCAACAAAACAAUAAAAAAAUUAUUGCCCUGAAGGAAACAGUGAAAGGCCUUCAAGCGAUAGUCCAACAGAAAGACAGUGUUAUAGAAAGGUGUGAGUUCAUGCUUCAAGAGAACAGCAAAGAAUACGAAAAGCUUCUUGAUCAGUAUAAUCAGUUAGAGGCGAAAGCCUUGCAAACACCAUCAAGAAUGCAACUUUCCAAUUCCAAAGCUGUUUCUGUGCUAAUGGAAAAAUGGGUUUCAAGAGUACAGGCCCUAGAAACUGAUAUACACGAGUUGAAUCAACAAUUGCACCUUACUGCUGACUCAUUGAUCAAAUCAAGAACAGAAACAGAAAAGUGGAAAGAAAUAGCUGAAAGCCUGCAACAAAAGGGUAAUGAUGAUGAGCCACCAAACAAAGAGGAUGAAAUUGAUGUGUUAAGGGGUCAAGUGAAGGAGCACAAGUCAACAAUAGAAGAGCUUAAGGCAAAGCUUAGACUGGAAGGAAGCAAGUAUAAAAAAAAGGAAGAUGAGAUGAGAAUAAAAAUCAAGGAUCUUGAGACUGAAAAUCACAAAAUUAAGCAUUACCAAAAUUUAAGAUAUCCAAAAUCUCCUCAUAAUGGAAUAACUGCUGCAAAAAAGGAACUGAUACUCAUGGAUAAAAUAAAAGAGCUUGAACAGGAAAUUGCACUAGCGAAUGAAAGACAAAAGGCGAUUAUACAGCAGAGAAAAGAAAGAUGUGCGGAUGAAGUUGCAAAGUGGGAAGAAAAGAAGAAAUUGCAGACAUCAAAUGAAAAGCUGCGCAAUGACCUGAAAGACCGUAACUUUCAGCUUGAAGAACUUGAAGGGCAGAUCACAAGGCUUAAACAGAUCAUUACAAGAAUGGAGAGAGAAAGAAUCGCUUUGCAAAGGAGAUUGAAAGUCAGUGAAGGUAUGCUCACAAAGAAUUUACUCAAUUUCAAAGACGAGGAGGAAAAAGAAAAUACCGAAUCAAGACUUGGUAUGACGACACCAAGGUCAGAUUCAUCAUGCAGUGAUGUUCCAGAAAAAAUCAACUUCCAAAGCAGAAAAGAUUUGAUUAAAGUAGUUGCUGGCCUGAGAAAAGUUGUUGCUAAAUUGAGAGUACAACAUUCCAACUAUGUACAAAAGGAUUACGUGGAGCAGCUACAAAAGGAACUACAAAAAAUGGAGGAGAACUAUCUAGAUGCUGUAGAAAGAGCGCUCGCACUUGAAGAACAGCUGAAGGAAUCUGAGGCAAGAUUUUGUAGUCAGACUUACACUGUUGAUUCCCAAAUGGCCCCAUCGGGAUACAUACUACUGAAGGAGCAGCUCAGUCAGAAAUGUGAGCUGCUUGGCAAAGUUAAAAUUUUGCUGCAAAGAGCUAUGAUCAGGGAAAAACAGUUGUUACAGCAAGUAACUCUUCUAGAAAAACUUGUCCCUCCAGAAAAACUGAUAUAUCUCCAUGAUGCAGAGCGUGAACACUAAGAAGGAUGUAUUUAGUAUUUGUACAUAACUAGACCAGUGUAUAUUUUCCACUUACACCUUCAUAGAAUUACAGUUUCUUUUUAUACAUUAUAAUUUUGUGCUUUUAUAUCGCAUCAUAAAAAGUCUGUAGCAUUUUUGGUAGUUAAUUCAAUAAAAUUUCAGGUGGUACUUUAAACAAAUUUAAUCAACAAUAUACGAACAAUUUUGUUCCACUAACUGUAAUCAUAUUUCAUGUAAUUUUGUAAUUCCAUCCUCCCAGAACUUUCAGGUUUUUGAACACAACUCCUCGAUAUUUUGUCUUCAGUUCUUAAGUGAAGUAAUGUUUUUCCGAUUAAUAUAGUAGUUUUACACAGUCUAAAAAACUCUUUAGGGGACAAUGUCAGGUGAAUACAGCUAGUAGGGUAGCAUAAGCAUAAAAUAAUGAAUAAGGAACCCAUAUCUCAAUUUGACAAACACAUAUGACUAUCUAGCUGCCGUUAAAAAGUAAAAACAUAUUUUUUCAACUGAAUUUUGUCAACUCCCUUUAAUAUUUCGGUGCAAUUUUUGUAUUAUGUAAUAGUAAUAUAUUGACAUCCCUAGUAAU